CCCCCCGCCCGGGCCCGGCCCGGCCCGGCCCGGCCCCGGCUCCGCCUCCGAGCGCUCCGGCCCGGCCAUGAGCCGCUGGUAGCGGCCGCGCCCGGUGCGCCCGGCCCGGCCCGGGCCGACCCCCGAGCCUCCCCCCCCCUUCCCCCCCCCCGCCCCCCCGGGCCCCGGCCCCGCCGGUCAAGAUGUCUUCGCGCUCGGCUCUGGCGGCGGGGAACGAGCGGAACGCGGACACGCUCGCGGGCCUGGGGGGCAGCCGCUCGGAGAAGGGCUCGGCCUGGUCCAGCCGCUCGCUGGGUGCCCGCUGCCGCAACUCCAUCGCCUCCUGCCCCGAGGAGCAGCCCCACAUUGGCAACUACCGCCUGCUGCGCACCAUCGGCAAGGGCAACUUCGCCAAGGUCAAGCUGGCCCGGCACAUCCUCACCGGCCGUGAGGUGGCCAUAAAAAUCAUCGACAAGACGCAGCUGAACCCCACCAGUCUCCAGAAGCUCUUCCGGGAAGUUCGCAUCAUGAAGGGUCUCAACCACCCCAACAUUGUGAAACUGUUCGAGGUCAUUGAGACAGAGAAGACGCUGUACCUGGUGAUGGAGUAUGCCAGUGCUGGUGAAGUGUUCGACUACCUCGUGUCCCAUGGGAGGAUGAAGGAGAAGGAGGCGCGAGCCAAGUUCAGACAGAUCGUCUCGGCCGUGCAUUACUGCCACCAGAAAAACAUCGUCCAUCGGGACCUCAAGGCGGAGAACCUGCUGCUGGACGCCGACGCCAACAUCAAGAUUGCCGACUUCGGCUUCAGCAACGAGUUCACGCUGGGCUCCAAGCUGGACACCUUCUGUGGAUCCCCCCCCUACGCCGCCCCCGAGCUCUUCCAGGGCAAGAAGUACGACGGCCCCGAGGUUGACAUCUGGAGCCUGGGUGUCAUCCUCUACACCCUGGUCAGCGGCUCCCUGCCCUUCGACGGCCACAACCUCAAGGAGCUGCGGGAGCGGGUGCUGCGGGGCAAGUACCGGGUGCCCUUUUACAUGUCGACUGACUGCGAGAACAUCCUGCGCCGGUUCCUGGUGCUGAACCCGGCCAAGCGCUGCACCCUCGAGCAAAUCAUGAAGGACAAGUGGAUCAACAUCGGCUACGAGGGUGACGAGCUGAAACCCUACAAGGAGCCUGAGGAGGACUUCGGGGACGCCAAGCGCAUCGAGGUGAUGGUGGGCAUGGGCUACACCCGGGAGGAGAUCAAGGAGUCCCUGAGUAACCAGAAAUACAACGAGGUUACGGCCACCUACCUCCUGCUGGGCAGGAAGAACGAGGUGGAGGCAGGAGAGUCGCGUACGGGCAGCAGCCUCUCCCUGGCCCGGGUGCGGGCACCCAGCGAGGCGGCCAACGGCACCGGGAAAGCGUCCUCGCACAGCAAGAGCCAGCGCGGUGCCACCACCUACCACCGGCAGCGGCGGCACAGCGACUUCUGCGGCCCCUCGCCGGUGCCCAUGCACCCCAAGCGCAGCCCCACCAGCGCGGGCGACGCGGAGCUGAAGGAGGAGCGCAUGCCCGCCCGCAAGGCCAGCUGCAGCGUGGUGGGGAGCGGGCGCGGGAUGCCCCCCUCCAGCCCCAUGGUCAGCAGCGCCAACAACCCCAACAAGGCCGAGAUCCCCGACCGGCACAAGGACAGCGCCAUCAACACGAGCAACCUCCCCUCGAGCGUGAUGGCGCGCAGGAACACCUACGUCUGCACCGAGCGCCCGGGCACUGACCGCCAUUCGCUGCUGCAGAAUGGCAAGGAGAACAGCUCCGUCGCCGGCCGGGUGCCUCCGGCGUCCCCCUCCAGCCACAGCAUCGCCGCCGCCUCCUCGGAGCGGGCCCGCCUGGCGCGGGGCACCACGGUCCGCAGCACCUUCCACGGCGGGCAAGUGCGGGACCGGCGAACGGGGGGGGGUCCUAACGGGCCCCCCGCAUCCCCCACACUGGCGCCUGAGGCUUCGCCGCUGCCCCAGAGCCGCUCGCGGGCCACCUCCAACCUCUUCAGCAAGCUGACCUCCAAGCUGACCCGCAGGGUCGCAGACGAACCUGAGAGAAUCGGGGGACCUGCGCUCACAAGUUGCCAUCUACCUUGGGAUCAAAAGGAAGCCGAACCCCGGCUGCUCCGAUGCCCCUGGCAUGUGAAGGUGACGAGCGCCCGGCCGGCCGAGGCGGUGAUGGCAGCGCUGCGGCAGGCCACCCUCUCGGCCGGCUGCCGCGCCCGCCAGCCCCAGCCCUUCCUGCUCUCCUGCACCCACGACCGGGGCCCCAGCGAGCACUUCUGCCAUUUCGAGGCCGAGGUUUGCCGGCUCCAGCGCCUCGGCCUCCACGGCGUGCUCUUCCGGCGCCUGGCCGGCACCGCUGGCGCUUUCCGCGCCACCUUGGCGCGCGUGGCCGGUCAGCUCCAGCUCUAGGGACCCGCCGGAGCUGGGACCCCCGCCUCAAGGGUUGCAUCCCUCCCAAGGGGGGGGAUGCGCCGGAGCUGGGACCUGGGGCGGCAUCGGCGCCGGGAUCCCCCCCUGAGGGAUGCGUCGGCACUGGGAGCUCCUCGGGGCGGGGGGGCCGCACCGGAUCCGGCACCCAGGGCCGCGUUGGUGCCGGGACCACCCCCCCCCACCCCCCCUCCAAGGGUGCGUCAGAUCUAGCACCCAGGGCUGCGUUGGCACUGGGACCAACCCCCUCCCCGGGGAGCACUGUUGGUGCAGGGGGUCUGCAACGGAGCCAGACCCCCCCCCCCCCUUCUCCACAGGGGCUGCAGCUGUUCUGGGGGGCUCCCAGGGGGGGCUCCCUCAGCUCCAGCAUCCCCCCCCCCUUGGGGAUAUCGGCACCAGCACCCAGGGGCCUGUGCUGUGGCAGCUCGGGCAUCUGGGGUGCCCCUGGGGACCCCCAGGUGUCGCUGGCCCCAGGACCCUGGGGGCUCGGGGACCCCUUGGCUAUCUGUGGGGCCAUCGGAUCCAGGACCCCGGCAGCCCCCAGCUCUGGGACCUUGGGAACAUUGGUGCCAAGACCUUGGGGUUCACCAGCUCCGGGACCCCAGAGACCACCAGUUUGGGGACCUUGGCUUGGGGACCUUGGGCACAUCAUUUCUGGGACCUUAGGGUCCCCCAGCUCCCAGGUUUGGGGCUCUGCGUCACCCCUGCCCCACCCCUGGGUCUCCAGAGCUGUGGCUGCAUCCUGGGGUCCCCCAGAGCCCCUCCCCGGGAGCUGUCCUCGUGUCCCCCAGCCCUGUACAGCCUGUAAAUAUGGCCCUGGGCCCCGGGGCUCUGGUGUCAAAACCCCCCCACACCCCACCCUGGCACAUUUUUAAGUUAUUCCUGCCCCGGUCUGUACCCCAACUCCCCAAUAAAGAUAGGAAACCUG